CAUGCAAAUUUUUGGUUAAGAGUUGACACAUUGGCUUCUCUAUCCAAGAAAGCUGUCAGCUUUAUAGCUGCUGAGCCCUCCGCCGCUUCUUAAAUCCCUCAGCCCUUUUUCUUUUUCACAUAUAUAUAUAUAUUCGUCUUCCUCCUUGAAGGCACUGUUUUGUUGAUAAUUACUGUUAGUACUUAUCAUACUAAACAAUGGGUUUUGCUUUCUUAUUUCAACUGCUGCUGUUAUCUGCAUUUUCCAUUGGGGUUUCUAAAGGCCAGCUUUCAGUGGGGUUUUAUGCAAACACCUGCCCAAAUGCCGAGUCCAUUGUCUCGAGCGUUGUCCGGAAUGCUGCUCAAUCGAGCUCCAACAUCCCUCCCGUCUUACUCAGGCUCCAUUUUCAUGACUGUUUUGUUGAGGGUUGUGAUGGUUCGAUUCUGAUAGAAAAUGGUCCGAAUGCUGAGAGACACGCGUUUGGUCACCAGGGAGUUGGGGGAUUUGAAGUUAUAGAACAAGCCAAAGCUCAGCUGGAAACUACAUGUCCAGGAGUUGUUUCUUGUGCUGAUAUAGUUGCUUUAGCAGCUCGAGAUGCUAUAGUUUUGGCAAAUGGACCAUCAUAUGAUGUACCGACAGGCCGUCGAGAUGGAAGGGUUUCGGAUGUUUCGCUGGCGGCUAACAUGCCAGAUGUUAGUGACUCAAUCCAACUACUCAAGGAUAAGUUUCAUCAGAAAGGCCUCUCAGAGAAAGACCUUGUGCUUCUCAGCUCGGCACAUACAAUUGGGACGACAGCUUGUUUUUUCAUGACCAAAAGGCUUUACAAUUUCUCACCUGGUGGGGGAUCAGAUCCUGCAAUAAGCCCUGAUUUUUUGCCGGAACUGAAAUCCAUUUGUCCUCAGGAUGGAGACGUUAAUGUCAGACUGCCAAUGGAUCGAGGCAGCGAGCAAUCGUUCGAUAAACAGAUAUUGGACAACGUUCGGAACGGUUUUGCGGUGCUGGAAUCCGAUGCCAGGCUAUACGACGAUGACUCCACCAGGACGGUGGCUGACUCCUAUUUUGGAUUCCUCAGUCCAAUUUUUGGACCCUCUUUUGAAGCAGAUUUUGUUGACUCCAUUGUGAAGAUGGGGCGGAUUGGGGUGAAAACAGGGUCUAAAGGAGAAAUCAGGCGUGUUUGUACAGCUUUCAAUUGAAUCAAAAUCAUACUACAGAUAGUUUGUCUUUGUUUGAUAUGAUACCAUAAAUAUCACCACAGAUUGGUUAACUUCCCUUGGAAUAAAAUGCAUUAAUUGAUGUGUACAUUUUGCCAUUUUA